GUCACGUGACGGGUAGUUGCCGAGUCGAGCUCAGCUGACAGGCUCCAGGGAAGUUAGCUUUCAGCUUGUGAUGCGGUAAAGCAAUCCAACUAAAAGCUGAUAUUUUAAAAAAAAUGGAGCGGUACGGGUCGGACGUGGAGGUCGACGAGCAGAGGACUCCGCUGAUUCGCCGGGGACGCGAAGAAGAAGUCCAGAAAGCUCCAGCAUGCGGUUCAUCACGCUACGCCCUGGCAUUGCUUUCCUCUUAUGGCUUCUUUGUAGUCUAUUCUUUGAGGGUAAACCUCAGUGUGGCGAUGGUGGACAUGCUCAACAACACCCACCAAUCAAACCCCAACCACAGUGGCACAGUGUGCCCUCGCCAUUCCAACCCUGCAGUUCGCAAACACAAUCACACGGCCAGUGUUUACAACUGGGACUCAGAAACACAGGGAUGGAUCCUGGGCUCUUUUUUCUACGGGUACAUCCUGACACAAGUCCCUGGGGGCUACCUGGCUGGCCGCUUUGGACCAAAAUGGCUGAUGGGCUUUGGGAUCCUGGGGACUGUAAUUUUUACACUGCUUACCCCUGUUGCUGCUGACCUGGGUGCAGGCUACCUCAUUGCUGUCAGAGUGCUGGAGGGGAUUGGCGAGGGUGUUACAUUCCCAGCAAUGUACACCAUGUGGGCAGCCUGGGCCCCACCGCUGGAGAGGAGCCGACUUCUCACCAUUUCCUACAUUGGAGCACAGCUGGGGACAGUAAUAAGUCUUCCUGUAUCUGGUGAAAUCAUCUUUUACCUGGACUGGACCUAUGUCUUCUAUAUAUUUGGUGCUGUCGGACUGGUGUGGUUCGUCCUGUGGGCUUUUUUCGUCUUUGACAGCCCGAAUACCCAUCCACGAAUAUCAGAGCAGGAGAGACUCUAUAUCACCUCCUCGCUCAAGAAUGAGCUGUCCACCUCGGCGAGCAACAUCCCCUGGCGAUCCAUAGUGACUUCGAUGCCGCUGUUGGCCAUUGUUGUGGCUCACUUCUCUUACAACUGGACCUUCUACACCCUCCUCACUCUGCUGCCAACCUACAUGAGUGACAUCCUGGGAUUUAGCAUACAGCAGAAUGGUUUUCUGUCGGCUCUGCCUUACUUGGGAUGUGCUGUGGUCGCUGUGCUGAGCGGCCAAAUUGCCGACUAUCUGCGAGAAACCCGCAAAUACCGCACUGUCAUUGUCAGGAAGUCCUUCACCCUCAUUGGGAUGAUUGGGCCUGCAGUGUUCCUGGUGGCAGCAGGUUAUACAGGCUGUGACUACACCUUGGCUGUGACCUUCCUCACCAUCUCCUCUUCUCUCGGAGGAGUGUCGGCAUCUGGCUUCAACAUCAACCACCUUGACAUUGCUCCUUCAUAUGCCGGUAUUCUCCUAGGAAUCACCAACACCUUUGCCACCAUCCCUGGCAUGGUGGGACCAGUCAUAGCAAGAGCUCUGACUCAGCAGAACACCAUCGAAGAAUGGCAGAUUGUUUUCUACAUUGCUGCUGCCAUCGACGUGUUUGGGGCAAUAUUCUACGCUGUGUUUGGUAAAGGAACAGUGCAGUCCUGGGCUGUCCACACAUCUUUCUAUCAUGCAGACUGAGACAUGAGACCCUUUCGGGUUAAAUUUUCAGAUUUGUCCGGUGGGCAAGUUUCAAACAUGAGCUCAUUUGGUGGGUAAUUUAAGGGAGAGAUGUGUUCUAGCUGUAUUCAUCAUGGUUGGAUAAGUGUGUAAUUGCCAUGAUAUCUUGGAAAGAUGUUCCUUAAUGUGGCUGUGGGUACAUGGUCUUGAAACAGAUGAGCCCAAUGUCGGUGAUUUAAAAAAAAGAAAGUUGUAGCUGUACCUACUCAAAUAUAUUAUUUCUCAGAGGAAGAAAUCAACAUAUGCUUUCCCAAGAAGUAUCAGAGGAAGCUUUCAUUAUGAAGCCAAACGGGCUUGCUGGUAUGUGGAGGGGGGGCAAUGAGAUUAGUUAGUUAUGAAGCUACAGGCUGCAUAACUAACUAUAAAGGUCGGCUAAUGUACAUCAACUUUGAUAUUUACAGAUAAUAAUGCAUUUUAGAUAUUAACUCAUUAUAAAUAAGCUAUGGAAGAAAAUCAUUCCACUGUAGGUGGUUUUGUGGAUUCAACCUGCUAUACCCAAUGGUUCCUUUUUACAGAAGGGACAGUUUUAAAUCCAGUACACACCGAUGCCCACCAAAAUUUUUUUUUUUUUUUUUUUAAAUCUGUUACUUUGUAGCCCAUAAUGAAGUGCCAGUAGGCUUUAUAGUGAAUUUUAAAAAUCCCAAACGUUUUAAAUUCAGCAUUAUGACUAUAGUGUACACUUUGUUCAGGGAUGAUGCCUUAAAAAUGUCUCCAAGCAUUUUAUCCUUUUUUCUUAGAGAAAUUUACUUUUUUUUAAAAAUGAUUACUUGUAAUAUGGUGCAGUGUCUUGAGCAAUGUUCCCUCUAAGCUGAGCGCGUGAGCAAUCGCGCACUGCUGACAUGGUCUCCCCACACAGAAAAUCUGUGCUGCGCACAAAAAAAAAAAAUCCAGCCUGAAUUGGAAUGAAAGUAAAUACAUGUAUUUAUUUUAUUUUGCUGAUUUUCUGUGCACGGAGACUGUCAGCAGUGCACGAUUGCUCACGCGCUCAGCUUAGAGGGAACAGUGGUCUUGAGUUUUCAGGUUCACAAGCCAACUCUUAUUUGAGAUAGCAGGAUUUAACGUCACAGGGGUUAUGAUCUCUCCAGUACAUCUUAUUAAUAAAGGGACUUUGCUUUAAAUUAUUCCCCGAAUUCUCAGGUAUCUUAAAUCUUACAAGGAUUUAAAAAGGACGUUUGUUUACUUUUAAAUUUUGAUUAAUCUUAUCACAUGGAGGCAUAUUUCCUCAAGUUUUAAGUGUCAGUGUGGUGAUCGCCUUCUUUCAGUGUCAAUGACAGAUUAAUUUUUUUCAUCAUAUUUGCACACAUUAUACAUUAUGUACAAUUUUCUUUCAUACAUAAUCUCAGUUAAGAGGUAAAUCCAAGCUAAACUGUAAGGUUAACAUUUUGUCUUUGAAAUUUCCGAAUAUUUAUAAUGUGCCUUACUGCUUAAGUUCAAAAGGGAUCAGCAAUGCAGGCUCAUUCUUUUGAGUUCUUUUUGUUACUGACUUCAUUUAUUUCAGUUGUUAUUGUGCUUUGUUUGCACAGAGAAUAAAGGGACUAAAUUGUACUAAGUAAAAAUCAUUGUAAAAUUCCUCUUUCAAAACAUUUGAGAGAAAUGUUUUAAAUCGCUGUGGUAUAAAGACUGUGUAAAUCAGAUCUUGUGUUGGGGUAUUAUUUCUUUAUCUCCUAGAACAGUUUUCACAUUAACUAAGAAUAAUGUGGUUUUACAUACUUAAUAAUUUUAAGUACCCUAUAGUUGCCUAAAAACGAGCCCUAUGCGACUUAAUCUGCUUUCUCUCCCAUCAUCUGCCUCCUUCUCAACCUGGCAUCUUCCUGUCACACCAACCCUCUGCAUGUCUUCCUUCACUGCACCCACAAACCUCUUCUAUCCUCUCCUUUUUAUUUUUGCCUCUUACGUCAUUUCCAAAACGCUCAGCUUGAGCUGUCCCUCUGAUUAUACUAAUUUCUAAUCCUCGUCGCUGGUAGCAUCCUCUCAAUCCAAUUUCCUAAAAGACCCAAAAACCUUUGAGUUUUCAGCCUUGACUUGUUUUAUUCUAAAGAUUAGUAGAUUACAUUUGGGGACCAGUCAUACAUUUGUGAGGGUUUAGAGCAGGGAAAAUGCCAGUUAUACUCGUGAGAAAAAACAUGGGGGAAAAAAUGGCAAACAAAUUAGUCAGGUUAGUGCACAGGUUAACCGUUUUGUUUGCUUUUAACCCUCAAUUCCUGCACCCAUUAAGUCAAUUCUCUAUAGUCACACAAUUGUCCUUAAAAGGUGAUACUGCUUAACUAAAUAUACGUUUGCCUGGAAGUGAAAACAUGGAAAUAUCAUUUAACGCCUCUGUUUAACUGCUAUUUUUUAAUGCCACUGUACUUUAACGUAAUUGGCAGAGACGUUAAGCACAUAACUUCUUUUAAUCCAACUAGAGAGCGGCUGGAAAGGUGAGACUUCACCUGCUGCUUACUGCAAACCUUUAAGAGCGGAGCUGUCACUCAUUCCUGAUAUCUCAAAGUCAACUAAUGAUAGCAAAGCAACAAUAACGACAACUGCCUUGUUUAUGUAUACUAUGCUAAUUAUUAAUGAAUGCAAAGUCUUGAAUUUUAAAUGCCCAUUUCCUUCCCUUGAAAAGCCACGAUUAAGUUAUGCGUC